AUGAAGUUCUCCCCACUAGCUCUCGCACUUCUUCAAGGAGUUCAAUCGAGAGCCGUGUGCAAGGAUGGCAGUAACGCCACUCAGACACCAGACUUACCAAUUGUCGACUUACCUCAUGAACGCCACCAAGCGAUCAGCUACAAUGAAGAUGCAGGCACAUACAACUUCUCCAACAUCCACUUCGCCGAACCGCCCGUAGGCGACCUCCGAUUCCGAGCUCCUGUGCCCGUUACAAUUUCGAACACCAGUCACGUUGUCAAUGAUGGUUCUGUCGGCGCCAUCUGCCCUCAGCCGUACACCCUCUUCAACGACACUGCUGUGACGCAGUGGAUCCUCUCGUACAUCAGCGGCACGGUGCUCGAUCUCGCCGAGUUGCAACAGCAGGCUACCAACCAGACCGAACCGCCAGCUGACCCUCGCAUCUCGGAAGACUGCUUGUUUCUUGACGUCAUCGUGCCGAAGAAGAUCUACGACAAACGCGGAUCCGGCUCCGGGGCGCCGGUGUUGGUCUGGAUCUACGGCGGAGGGUACCUGAUUGGAGAAAAGACCGGACUAGGGCUGCAUAAUCCAACUGGAUUGCUGCAAGCCAGCGAGGACCUUGGUGAGGAUGGCUUCAUCUUCGUUGCCAUGAACUACAGGCUCGGAGCCUUUGGUUUCUUGGGUGGUCCUACCGUAGAGGCUCAAGGGACACCCAAUGCCGGCUUGUACGACCAAAGGUUGGCUCUUGAAUUCGUCAAAGAGAACAUCCAUCUCUUUGGCGGGUCUCCAGACCGCGUGACGGUGAUGGGCGAGAGUGCCGGCGGCGGCUCCAUCAUUCACCAGUUGACGGCCUUUGGUGGUAAACAAGGACCCGUCCCGUUCCAGCAGAUCAUCGCGCAGUCCACCGGUUUCGUGCCUGCGCGGUCAAGCCAAGCGCUCGAGGAUGUUGUCGAAACCGUUUUGAGCGUCGCAAAUGUAUCUUCAUUCGAUGCCCUGCGCAAGUUGCCAUCGGACGUCCUCAUCGCCGUUAACAACAUCGUCACCCGUCAGCUGUACCAAGGUGCCUUUCACCCAGCCGUCGAUGGUGUUUUUGUUCCCGAGGAGCCUGCGCGAAUGUUGCUUAGCGGCGACUUCGACCACGUUCGUGGACUGAUUGGCACCAACGUCAACGAAGGCAUCCUCUUCGGUGACCCCAGAAUCAACACCACCGAGGCCUACUCCGAGUACGUGCGCACCCUUGUUGCCGGCAUCAGCAACGACAGUGCUACUGCCCUGGAGGAAGAGGUGUAUCCUCCCAUUUUCGAUGGUUCUCAAGGCUACACCGACAACUUCGAGCGGGCCUACCGGAGCUUUGGGGAGUUUUGCUUCACCUGCAACCAACCCUUCACAUCGCGUGGGUUGGGGAACUCCACGUACAACUAUCAGUUUGCAGCCCCACCCGGCGUCCACGGCCAAGAUCUUGGGUUUACUUUCUAUCGUGGAGAGGCGAUCGACCCAGCUGAAGCCCCUUUUCCACCUACCACAGACGUUGACAUUGCGGUUUCGAGGGUUCUUCAGUCUUGGAUCGCUAGCUUUGUCACGAGUGGAGUACCGACGGCACCGAACGUCAUUGGUUUCGAGCCGUACGGUGCUGGGGGCAACCUUCUUGUUCUGGGUGAAGCUAACAACUCGACGCAUGUUGCGAGGGGCACUGAUCCGACGCUCGCACGGGGUAGAUGUGACUGGUUGGCGAAGCGCAUCAUUGACGAGACUCUGCUCGAGGCCAAUUGA